AUGUUACUAUUUAAUUCCCUGGAGAGCUAUCAAGUGGGAGCGACUCCGGCGCAGGAAGCCGACUACCCGUGGAUCGCGCGAGUGAUACAUUCGCGCCAUCUACUCAUGCCACACAUGUGCACGGCUAUUUGUAUCGAUACCAGGAUCUUUAUGACAGCGGCCAGAUGCAUAUACAGUUUGAAAAUAGACCACACGACCGUCUUGUACAAAGAGCAGAGAUUUCCCGCGCAAGCUUUUGUCCUACCUUCCAACCAGAGCAAGCAGCUUUUUGACGAUAUAGGUCUUAUUGUAGUCGAUAAAACAGCCUUCAGAGAAACUUGGACGACCGCCAAAUUGUUUAGCGGGACCAAUAGGACAGACAAUAACUUCGGAUGGUUCAAAAAUUUGGGAAUAAGUGGUAAUAACACCGAGUACAAAGUUGUGGGGUAUGCUACGGAGAAGGGGUUACACAGAAUAAAAACUGCGUCAAUGAAAUUCGUAUUGUCAGAGUUGCCAGUUAUAAUAGACAUCGAUAUGUGCUCUGCUAUUUACACAUUUAACUACAUCAUAAGAGGUUUCUUCGUGCCAUGCUACCAUUCCUGUACUCUCAAAGAGUUUAAUAGCAAGGACGAGAAAUGUACCAAGUUUCAUGGAGUCGAAGGCGGGGCCGUAAUCCAUGGGAAGACCAAAGAAGUCCUUGGAGUUGCCACAUGGGGUGCCCACUCCAAUAAAUGUGAAUUACCUGUCGGCUUCUCCAUUCCGAAUUCGAGAAAAUUCUUCAAAGACUUAUCGUGCGCUAUAAAUAUUAGGAAUGAUGACGCGCUACUAAUGGUUAGGGGGUUCUAUCAAUCUAUAUGCGAAACUGCUUUCAAAUAA